AUGGCCGAGAGUAUAGUAGUGCUUCGCGUCAUCAAGACCAUCGUCGGCUUACUGGGGUUCUUCGGCAACUCCCUGGUGUGUCUCGUUAUCUACAAGACACAAGCAAUGCACACCAAGACUAACGCCUUUAUAGCCAACCAGGCCGUAAUUGACUUCAUGGGGUCCAUCACGCUGCUGCUCGGUAGCAACAUCCCCUUGCCGAAGCCCCUCCCGGACGGGGGUUUCGGUGAUUUCAUCUGCCGGGUAUGGGACUCAGACUUCUUCCUUUGGGCGUUCUUAACCUCCUCGACCAUCAACCUGGUCUUUCUGACAUUCGAGAGGUACUUUGCGAUUGUUUUUCCAUUCAAGUUUGCAAGGUUUUACGGGCCGACCACCGUCACCGUAAUGAUGGCGGCGUCAUGGUUGAUAGGCUGUUGCAGUAGUAGUUAUAACAUCUUCUUCUACGCCAAUAUCAACGGGACUUGCUUGUCACUGAGCAUACCAGGCUCCCAGGCUAUCGGUGUCAUGAUUUUUUUCCUCCAGUACGCGAUUCCCGUCACUGCGAUCCUGCUGGCGUAUAUCCACAUCACCAUAGUUUUGAAACGAGGCGCGGCUCAGAUCGGUCCCCAGCCGAGCAGCCAGUCGGCUAACCGGUCGGCCGUAGAGUCGGCCGGGGACUCCCUGCUCCGUGCUCGGCGGAACACCUUCAAGACGCUAUUCCUCGUCUUCGUCACGUACGUCUUCUGUUGGACUCUCAACGCGGUCAUUUUUUUCAUGUUCAAUUUCGGCUACCAGCUGGAUUUCGAAGGAGCGCUGUACAUUGUAUCCGUUGCGCUCGUUGCCUCAAAUUCGUGUGCAAAUCCCAUUAUAUAUGCCGUCAAAUACCGACAAUUCCGUCAGGGACUGGCGAAGAUGUUUGGCCGAAGGCAGGCAGAGGUCAUUAACAGUAACGGAGGGACUGCAUGA